AUGGCUGAAACCCGCCCCGUCGCCGUCAUGGAUCCUCCUCACAUCACCGAGUUCGCCUCGGAGCGCUAUUUUGAAAAGCUUAGCCAGAAGGCAAGGGCAAGCCAGCAGCAGCAGCAGCAGCAGCAGCAACAGCAACAGCAACCGGACACGCCCGAGAAUCCCCCCAAGACGGGUACCAUCGCAUCGUCGACCUUCAUUCUACCCCUGCGCGAAUCUAGACUUCAUGAAGCCGAGGUAUCAAAGCCGCUGGAGCAGAAGCGCGAAAAGGGACGCUUUUUCGGCAUACGGCACAAGGUUUCCCUUCUUCACGCCAGAUCCCAUGUCAUCGACUCGGAACCCAUCGCGGCCCCUCCGACGACUGCCGCCGCCGCCGAACCCACGCGACAAAGCACGCCCUUGAGCCACUUGUUCCUUGCCCUACCGAACGAAUUGCAGGUGCAAGUUCUGUCUUCUCUUCCCCUGACCGACCUCCUCCACCUCCGGCUUGUCUCCAAGUCGUGGCUCGCACUCAUCACCUUGAACGAGGCGCCCAUCGUGCGACACCACCUCGACCACCACAUUCCCGCCUACGCGCGCCGCCUCUACCCGAUAUCGAACAAGAGCGAGGUCAAUUUCCAUUACCUAUGCAGUCUAUGGCAUCGACUACACGUCGCUGCCAAGCUGGCGUUCCUAAUGUGUGAAUGGAUCACAAAGGAGAUUUUCCUGCGGCAAACCGAAUCACAACGGGCCGCCUUUGCACCACAGCACGAGCGCAUGCGUCGCCGUCUCAUCCCACUUCUCUUUACAGUCUUUCACUUCUUUGAGACUUGCCGCAAGCUCCAACUGAAGCAUAUCGCCGAACAUGGCGGUCACGGUCUGCUCAGGGAGCCCUAUACGAUGAACCCGAUCGAGGUGAAGGUGAUGAACAUGUACGACGACCAAACGCUGCUGAGAGUCCACGAAGUCUUCCCUCUUGUCAUAUCCUCGUUCUGCCGACGAUUGCGGCCCCCGACAUACGUUGGACGAGUCGAACGAUCUCUCCGCGGCUACCUCAGGGAACGGCCGUCCGAUGAGGUUCAUUCCGCCAUCCUGUGCAUUGGCGGGCUGAGGCAGGUGGAGAGAUUGUGGGAGAUCAAGGGAUACAACACCCGGCGCGCCGCCGUCGACACCUGGUACCACGCACUCGACAAGGAGCAUGCCGCAGAAGCCACGGCCAAGACGAGACUGGGCUUGAAGGGGUUUGGUCGGAAGAAAUCGACAAGCGGCGAUCGUCCCGGGGCCCGCCCAUCCCACAACGAGCCGCUAUUUCGGGCCAGAAGUCCAGCAAGGUCGAUUGACUCUUCCAACCCCGACAGCGUCGUUGAUCCCCACUGGAUUUUCAACACCAGCCUGGCUGCGGAUGCGCCCAUGGCCCAGCUGGGCAAGGAGAAUGCCCAGACCCUGCUCGGCGACCUACCCGUCCUUCAGCAGAUAUGGCUUACCACGGCCGAGGCCAUGAUCCUUGAUCGCGGCAUAGUGCAGCGGACGCAGGAUAUCAAACGCAAUCAGCAAGUAAUGCUCGACCUGAUUCGCGAAGACGGAAAUGACCAGGAGGACGAAUGGUGGUAUGGACGUAAUAUUCCUGACUCUGUACGACCAGCAGUGGGCGCCACGGACGACGAUGCGGAUUGA